CAGGGUGUGUCUCUAUUGUGACAGACUGACAUCAUCAGAGAAGAUGGAGUCCUGGUUCUGCUGGAUUCACCUUGUGAUCCUGCUCAGGAACACCUGGUCCUCCUCACCACCGCGCUACACCAUCCACCAAUCACUGGUCAGCUUCGACCUGGCGGUCGAGAGCUGCUCCUCCGGCGUCCUCACCACGCUCGCCACGGAGCUGGAGGUCGCGGACGUCCUCGGAAUCGUCUCAGAGUCGAUGCCGGCGCAUUGGAUGAACUUCACCUUCUGGGUCGGUCUGAGGAAGGUCAAGAACGAGUGUGUGGUCCCCACGCUUCCCCUGAGAGGGUUCAAGUGGACGAAGGACGGCAGCGAGGACUCGCAGGUGAGCCGCUGGGCCGAGGAACCGCGGCACACCUGCACCACGGUCCGCUGUGCGGCGCUGAAGGGGGAGUGGGACGGAUCGCAGGUGACCAGGUGGGGUCUGAUCCCCAUCAGCUGUAAGAGCAGCUACCAGUUCAUAUGUAAGCUGAGAGACAGAGAGACUGGACCACCAAAACCAGCUGCACCUGAACCACCAAAACCAGCUGCACCUGAACCUCCAAAACCAACUUCACCAGAACCACCAAAACCCGCUGCACCUGAACCUCCAAAACCAGCUGCAGCUAAACCACCAAAGCAUGCUACACCGGCUAAACCAGAACCUAGACCUGCAACACAAAAACCCGAAGCAGCUAAUCCUGAACCUGGACUUCCUUCCCUAGAAACUGAAACCGGACCUGAACUGCAGGGACCUGAUCCUGGUUCGGAUUCCUGUUGGCACCCCCUCAUCACCAGCGCUCGCUCCAUCAGCUUUGUGAACAGCAGCAGGAUGCAGGUGCAGUGCUGGUCCCUGGACCAGGACCUGGUGGAGCUUCGUUGCUCAGGCCGCCCCGCCGUGUGGCGGCUGCUGGACGACUCCCCCGCCGACUUCACCACCGUCUGCCGGCUGUGUGACAGCGGCUUCCGGAAAGACGCCUCUGGAACCUGCGUGGACGUGGACGAGUGCAGCAGCGCCCUCUGCAGGUUCAGCUGCCUCAACACAGUCGGCUCCUUCCGGUGCUUCUGCUCCGAUGACGACGAGAACGACAAGAACUCGCCGGCGUGCGCGGAGACGACGACCACGGCGCAGGGCGGCGUCCUGAUGCCGGUGCUGGUCGCCGCGGUGGUGCUGGCGGCGGUGCUGCUGGUGGUUGUCGUCAUAGUGACGGUGAAAUGUUGCCUGACGAGGCGAUCGAGGAAACGUGUCGAGAAGAAAAAGAUGGAGACGAGGAGCGAUGACGGCGGGGAUUCGGCCAAUGAGACGGCGGCGUGAGAGAGGAGAGCUGUGAUUGGUCGUGCCGGGCAGUGACAUCUUCAACGUGUUUUUGAAAAGUGACGCAAACUUUCCAGGAAGAUAUAAAAAGUUUGUUCAUCAGCUGUUUUUUUGUCAAACCGUAUUUUUUAAAGUUGGUAACAGGAGAUGACUCUUUAAUCAAAGUAACGAGAAUAAGAAUGUUAUCAAUAAAAUCAUUGUUUAAUAAUUAUUAUUGUUUCAUAAUUAUCAUUUUUACACAAACUUCUGUGAAUAAAUUUAAUUAAUCUGUUGUAUUUCUGUAAUCUGACAGGAAAUUAUUAAAAUUAUUAAAAUAAGGAAAGUUUGUUUUUACCUUUUGGUCAAUAAACAUUGUUGCUAUUUAAAAGAAUAUAAAAUAAAUAUAUGUGUUAAAAACAAA